AUGGAUUUGCUUACCUCCUGCACUUUUACGGCUUUAAUUCUAUUAAUAUUCACAUCAUGCGGGGCGUUUUACAGACAUUUCGUGAAGGCAGACGAGUCGACGUUCUUAACGGCGGCAACUUUUGUUCUGUCCCUUAGCACAAGUUUCAUCCUUGUCUUGUUCAUACCUGUGGACAUAUACCUGGUGUCCAAUGGGGACAUAGAAAUCUCAGACUUGGAAAUAACCCAAAGGCUCGUGUCCAAGUUCUACCACUUCAUUUUCUGGGCGUUAAUUUUCGAAGCCUACAUCCUGGUUCCGUUCUCCUACUUCUACGUGAAGAAUAAGCGCUACUACCGAAACGAAUUCGAUGACAACAUAGUGCCGUGCGAAAAUGUGAUUGAGUCUUUCAAAAAAACGAUAUACUUUAUAUGCCUUAUAGUGGCGCUGUCCAUAAUUGGCCUAGUUUACAGACCAGGCCACAAACUCGCAAUGGAAAAGGGAAAAGAACUGGAGUAUAUUUCGGACCUCCUAGAUAUGAAACACACGGGGGAGUCGGCAAUCUUAUUUCUCAUGGGGUGCGUUGUCCUGAUUGGUGUUUCCUUUUGGGUCACAUACACGAGUUACGGCAUCGCCUGUCUACCCCUAUCGUUUCUGCAACAGAAAAAUAUCGACCAUGAUAAGAAGGAGAUAGAGACUCGCUUUGCAAAUUUGAAGGAGAAGGAAAUCAUGAUAAAGCAUAAAUACAGAGCCCCCAGCGAAAUACGUGGGAGCGACAAAUAUGAAAUUCUUAGGAUAGAGAAAAUGCAGAGGGCCCUCAGUAGAUACAACUACAAACUGCAAGAGAUUGAGAAGACGUCCGAGUCGUGGCUAUCCUAUGUCAUAGGGAUUAUGCUCACCUGCAGGGUUAUAACUGGGCUGGUAUUUCUAACCUUCUCAUUUGUAAUAUACAUAUCAUUGUUAGCAUCGAUAACGGAUAAGUAUUUCAAUUCCGUCUGUGCCUACAAGUGCGGUUUUGUAUUGGAGAAAAUAAACAGCAUUUUUAAUUUGCUUGACGCUUCUCUGAUCCUGUUUUCUCGGUUUUUCCCGAUGGAUAUUUUCAUCAUUGCAAGUUUGGCGAUAUAUAUCUUCUGUUGCUCUCUGUACGGAAUUGUAAAUGUUGGAAUUCGAGUUUGUUUCAUUCCUCUUUAUAAAUUGAAGACGAGGAGGUCUUCCCCCGAGACCAUGCUAGUCGUGUGUUUUGUGAUUAUCCACAUCAUCUUGGUGCUCAUAAUGACGUUAUUAACGAUUGCCCCCAAUUACGUAACGUAUGGAAUACAAAGGAUACGAAUAAACGACACCCCUGUGUUUAUAAAGUGCUCCCUAAAGACGGAUAAGAAUGUUUGCAAGAUGUCCGUGCUGUCCGUGUUUUUUAAUAAAAUAUUUUUUGGGAUACCAUACUUUGCAAACAGCUAUUUUUUCUCCAACUGGAUGUUCAUACUGAUGUACUCCCUUUCAUUCGUAUAUCGAAUUUUCUUCAAGCGGAUCAGCUACCUGGACCGCCUAGACGAGCUAAGUCUAAGCAAGGAGAACCUAGAUGAGCACAUGAAUCUGCUUCCACUGGAGAAAUUAACCUGA